AUGCCAGCAAGAUCCAGUGCUCAGCUGGCCUGGCUCUGCACUGUCAUUGUGUCUGUGGCAAUCUACCCAGCGCUGCUGCAGAAGCCACCUAAAAGGAGAACGCUCAAUGGGAAUGCACAGUCCAAGUUGACAGGCUGCUGUGAUGAGAUUAAAGAGCUCAAGCUGCAAGUAGCCAACCUGAGCAGAAUGCUGCAGGAGCUGAGCAAGAAGCAGGAAGGUGACUGGGUGAACGUGGUCAUGCAGGUGAUGGAGCUGGAAGGGAGCACCAAGCAGAUGGAGUCCCGCCUCAUUGAUGCUGAGAGCAAGUACUCUGAAAUGAACAACCAGAUAGAUAUCAUGCAGCUCCAGGCAGCUCAGACGGUCACACAAACUUCAGCUGUAGAUGCUGUCUAUGACUGCUCUUCACUCUACCAGAGGAACUACCGGAUCUCUGGGGUUUACAAGCUACCUCCUGAUGAAUUUUUGGGGAGUCCAGAGCUGGAGGUGUUCUGUGACAUGGAGACAGACGGAGGUGGCUGGACUAUCAUCCAAAGACGUAAAGUUGGUUUGACAUCUUUCAAUAGGGACUGGAAACAAUACAAGGAAGGAUUUGGCAAUAUUCGGGGAGAUUUUUGGCUGGGAAAUGAAAACAUCUACAGACUUUCAAGGCGCCCCACUGUUCUGCGAGUAGAGCUGGAGGACUGGGAAGGCAACAUACGCUAUGCACAAUAUAAGCAAUUCACCCUGAGCAAUGAAAUCAACAGCUAUCGCCUUUUUGUGGGGAACUACACUGGCAACACAGGGCGGGAUUCCCUCAGGUACCACAACAACACAGCCUUCAGCACGAAGGACAAGGACAAUGACAAGUGUGUGGAUGACUGCGCCCAGUUCCGUAAAGGUGGAUAUUGGUACAACUGCUGCACAGACUCCAAUCUGAACGGGGUUUACUACCGGAAAGGAGAACACACCAAGAACAUGGAUGGGAUCACCUGGUACGGGUGGCACGGAUCAACCUAUUCCCUGAAGAGAGUUGAGAUGAAAAUCCGGCCAGAGGAUUUCAAACCAUAGAGAGAACCAAUAUUUGUACAGUUUCAUGAUACCACUGCACAGAAGGUGGGCAAUGAACUGCUCAAAAUCAGCCAAAUAAUAGUUCAUUUCAUCUAAUAUGUGCAACAGCUACAUACUGGCUAUGU